AUGGCAACACGAAAGCAUAAUGAAUUUCUUGAUAUUGAUCAAAGCGAUGAGGAGGGUGACGGCAGCCAGGGAUAUGACUCUGAGUUAGAGGAUUUGAAGAAAGGUGGCAGAAGUCCGAAGCGGAGGAAGGUCGACGAUCAGACCAGCGACGCCAGCGACGACGAGCAAGAAGACGGAGAUGAGGGCCAGGAUACGGCCAGUGAUGCUGAGUCGAAUAAGAAAGCCGUAAAGCAAUCAACGAAAGACGCAUCUGAAUCCAAGCCCGAACGCAGGCUCAAAACCGACGAGCUGCCCGGAAUUUCGAAGCCUCUGACGAAGAAAAACCUUGUUGCAAGCACCGCUGCAAUCAAACGAUCAGGGGUGGUCUAUUUAUCUCGAAUACCCCCAUUCAUGAAGCCUACGAAAUUACGAUCGCUACUAGAGCCGUACGGCGAGAUCAAUCGCAUAUUCCUCUCGCCAGAAGAUCCUACUUUUCACGCCCGUCGAGUUCGAAACGGUGGCAACAAAAAACGCAGCUUCGUCGAUGGAUGGGUGGAAUUCAUUAAUAAAAAGGAUGCCAGACACGCAUGCGAGCUGCUCAAUGCGAAGAUAAUUGGAGGGAAAAAAGGCACAUAUUACCAUGAUGAUGUUUGGAACCUACUGUAUCUGAAAGGGUUCAAGUGGAAUAAUUUGACCGAGCAGAUUGCGGCGGAGAACGCGGAGAGAGCGAGCAGGAUGAGAGCGGAGAUCAGCAAGACUACGAAAGAGAAUAAGACCUUUGUGCAAAAUGUGGAGAGGUCGAAGAUGUUGGAGGGAAUGGAGGCGAAGAAGGCUGCCAAGAAGAGACAAGAGAAUGAUGAUGCCCUGGGUGAGCCGAAAGAGCCUGCUGCUAGAACGGGAAUGACAGGAGAAAGACCCCGACAUUUCAAGCAAACCUCUGUUGCACCGAAAAGGAAACCUGAGGAUCAACCAGAGCAAGUGAAGAGGGUUUUGAGCAGGAUAUUUUAG